AUGGGUGGUACAGGGUGCGAUGAGAAAAGAAGGUCACUCUGUCGUAUCUUGUCCAAGUAUCGUGUUAACUUCUUGUCCAUUCAAGAAACUAAGAUGAAUUUAUCUGAUCAUUUUCGGUUAAAGUCGUUAUGGGGUAACUUUUCUUUUGCUUAUUCUGAAUCUUUGGCGACAGGUAGAUCUGGGGGCAUCAUUUCUAUGUGGGAUCCCCAAGCUUUUGUUAUGUCUACAUGUUUUAAUUUUGAUCAAUUUGUGGUGGUUAAAGGUAAGUGGGUCGCUUAUAACUGUGAAUGUUACAUGGUAAAUAUUUACGCCCCUCAAGGUGAAACUGGAAAAGUGGAGCUGUGGAAUGAAUUAAUGGAGUUUAUGCGGGUUAAUAUUGGUAACUAUAUGCUAUGCGGUGAUUUCAAUUCAGUUCGGUCGGCUGAAGAAAGAAUGGGAACUAUAUUUUCAGUAAGCAAUGCUAAUCAUUUUAACGAUUUCAUUAGUCGUGCAAAUCUAAUUGAUUUGGCUAUGGGGAGACACAAGUUCACCAGAUUGUCUAAGGAUGACCUUAAAGCAAGCAGGUUGGACCGUUUUUUAGUAAACCAAGGUUUCAUGGAUUCCAUAAAAGACUUGGUGUUGGAAGCUCUUGAUGAUAUUGUUUCGGAUCAUCGACCUCUACUUCUUAAGCAGAAGAGUUUGGAUUUUGGCCCUAUCCCUUUUAAAUUCUUCAAUUCAUGGUUGAGAGUGGAGGGCUUUGACGAAUUCAUAAAGCAAAAAUGGGACAACAUGGAAGCGACUGAAUCUACUAACGCUUUUGUGAUUCUCAAAAAUAAAUUGAAGUCUCUUAAAGUUGAGUUGAAAAAUUGGAAAAAAGAGAGGUCCCUUAACCGUAAUAAAGACCAUAUAACUAAUGACAUAGCUGGUAUAGAUCGACAAAUUAAUAGCCAGGGCGGUAAUAAUUUGGAUAUGGUGAAUAGACGCAUGGCUCUUCUUCAUGAGUUACAAGAGUUUAACUUUCGCACCAACAUGGACUUGAAACAAAAGGCUAAGGUAAAAUGGGCUGUGGAAGGAGACGAGAACUCCAAAUUCUUUCAUUCGAUUAUUAAAGCAAAAAGACGCUCUGGGUAUCUUACUGGGGCUCGUUUCUCUCUUGAUAAGACUAAUGUCAAAACACUUGCUUCCACCGAGGCUGUUAGUCUUGAAACCCCUUUUUCUGUGGACGAAAUCAAGAACGCAAUUUGGAGUUGUGGUGGCAACAAAGCACCUGGACCGGACGGUUUUCUUUCGCUAUGA